AUGGCUUACAUUGAAAUCAUAGCCAAAUCCGGGAAACAAGCCCAAGACAUUGAGAAACAUGCAAGUUUUCUUCUCUUCUUCAUCCAGUCAUAACUGCUUCGUUGGAUGGAAACUAACCCACACACAAACUCAUCUCCAGAACCUGCGACAUUUCCUAGUCAAGGGGAAGAAAGUCCUGACCAAGAACUCCCCGGGUUAGGCCAUGUCUCAUUCCCUCCUUCAGAGGCCUUUUCUCUGCCUGACUCUGACUCGUUUCCCCCAUCAGAAUCAGAUGAACCAUCUUCAGAGCCCUUUUCUCUGCCUGACUCUGACUCGCUUCCUCCAUCAGAAUCAGAUGAACCAUCUUCAGAGCCCUUUUCUCUGCCUGACUCUGACUCGCUUCCUCCAUCAGAAUCAGAUGAAACAACAGAGGCAUAUGUACCAUCCUAUUUUGGCGGAGAUUCACCAUUGCCUUCAUCUGCCUAUGUUGAUUCUGACAUCAAAAAGAUAUGCGAUUCGACCGACUACCCUUCUCUUUGCCUCUCCACUAUUGUUCCCUCGCUAAAUGGACAAACUGAUGUGUUUUCUGUUCUUGAAAUAGCCAUUAAGGCCAGCCAUGGUUAUGCAAGCACUGCGUUCUCCAUGGUUAAAAAGUUAGCCAUGACUCCAGGAAUGCCUAAUCAACUAGUUGCCAUCAUCAAUGAUUGCAGGGAUAGUUAUGACGAUGUUCUGUACAAUUUCCAGAAGGCAAUGACUGCACUGCCGGCUCGUGACGUUGGCACCAUGAACACUAUGCUUAGUGCUGUUCUGACUGAUGUAGGAGAUUGCCAGGAUGCCAUAAAUGCAGCUAAGAUACCUUGUCCACUGUCCGUGUUUGGAGACAAGUUGACUAACAUGACUAGCAAUUGCCUUGCAAUUGCUUCCAUGAUCCAGUAACUUUCAACUAUUUCAGUUGAUGUACUGUUUGUCUAGAAAAAACGUAGGAUUUUCAUUUUCUUGAUUCUUUAACUAAUUCACGCUGUUCGGGACCGUCAAAUGUAAGGGAAACACAGUACUGCUGCUUAUUUUCUUGUUUUGGUGUUACUUUGAAAGAGAAGGAACUCUAUGCCUGGGUGUGCAUAAUCUGUUCGUCAGUGAUUGCCGUAUACUAGAAACUAUGAAUUGUAAAAGAAGAGAUUUCCUUUAGUGUUUGCCCUUU